AUGGCUCACAGCAUCCCAAACGUGACCCUUUCUCUAACUUUGCCAAUAUCUUGCCAGAUUUGUCUUGGAAAGGUCCGAGAACCUGUCAUCUGUGGCAACUACCACGUGUUCUGCUCUACUUGCAUUGAGGUGUGGUUGAAUAAAGCAAGUCAGUGCCCAACAUGUAGAAUUCCCAUCACUCCUGAUAACCCCUGCAGAAAGAUCAUAGGUGCAACAAAUGAAAGCAAACCUGACGAUAGUCAGUCUACCAAAAAACACCUGCGGAAAGCCAGAUCGGAACUCCUUAUUAAGGAAUACGAGGAUGAAAUCGAGGCUCUUCAAAAAGAAAACGAAGAAUUGAAAAACAAAAACUACAGCAUAGAGACGCAACUUAAAAAUCUGCUCGAUCCGUCUUCAUUGCGCGUGUGUUCUGAAGCACAAGAGGCGAGUCAAAACGCACAGGACAAGAGAAUUGAUCCCCAUGUAUUGGAGGAGUGGACCAAUAAGCUGAGAGCCGCUACAGAUAUUAGCGAGAAAGUAAAACUGGACAUGGAAAAACUAAAAGAGGCAAACAAGACUCUGCGGGCUCAAAAUGUUGAUCUGGUACGAGAGAACCUGCGCUUGAAAGCAGAGGUAGAGAACAGGUCUCCUCAGAAGUUUGGCAGGUACACUGUGGCAGCCCUGGAGGCAAAGAUCAACCAGUAUGAGCGUGACCUACUCCACCUUAGGAGGGCGCUAGAGCGUAGUGAUAAAUACAUAGAAGAGCUGGAGGCCCAGGUGUCGGACAGCGAGGGGAAGCUGUGCAAAAAGGAAGCAGCAGAAAGUCUCCCUGAGGUCACAGACAUUCAUCAAAAGGAAGGAGAAGCCAGCACUGACUGCGUUGCUAUGAAGGAACAAAAAAGGAUUGUGACCAUGAGAAGAAGUCUCAGUGCAAUGGAGGAAGCAUCGGUGUGCACAGAUCUUGACAGACAGGCUGUCAAUUUCUCAGGCUCUUGUGGGUUUCUUCUGACGACAUCCUCGAAACCUGCUGUGUCUGCUACAUUUUGUCCCGAGAGGAAAAACUGCGAGGAUGCUACUCCAGAGAAAGAAAAGGCAGGUUCCUUUCGGCAUCUUUCCUCUCCUUCCACUCCGUCCUCAUCUUUCAGUUGUCUGAGUUUAAAGAGUCCUCAUUGUGUAAAAAGGACAGGUUUCAGGCCCUUGUCCUAUCUCAGAAAGCUCAGUUUUGAUGACUGUAGCAGCAUGCCUGCAUCAGGGAAUGAAAGCUCGAAAAUACCCAGCGUUGGCAGCAGCAUAUCUGGGGACCGCCACUCACUUGUAGGACCUGCUAAACCUACAUUCUGGGGAGCUUGCCAUUUUAAACCUCAGGAUCCAAGUCUAUCCUGUCCAACUCAAACUGAGAAGCUUCAGAAAACUGAGCACCACAAAGGAAAACCAGUGCCGGGCAGGACUUCUGAAGUCAACGCAGACUGUGAAACAGACCACAUGUCCAGUGAGGACUCCAUGAAUGCUGCAUACCUUGACAAAGUCUCUGAGCUGGACACUAUGAUAUCUGAAUGCGACAAUGACAAGGGCUCACACUGUCAUGUAACCUCAGCUGAGUCCUCCGGCAUUAAUAUUUCUGUGGUAUCAGAGCUGGCCGCAUGCACUGAAGUCAUCAGCAACCCCUCUGCUAGACCUGAGGGAAGACCCAACAAGGAAUGUAGUACGGACUCAUGCUGCCAGUGGAGCAGUGUUAGGACAUAUGACAGGAAACCAGUUUCAAAUUCUGAUGAGAGGCUUCCGGAAAUGAAAGGGAAGCUUCUUUCAUCAGUGUCGAACCCAGGCUUUGUUGAUACUGCCAGUGCUCCCAAUAAGAACCUCGUGCUCUACGUGAUGAAUGGCUGCAAGUGGCCUGGCUUGAAUCGCCUGCUAUCUGACAGACCGUACAGUUCAAUGUCUCGCGAGAGAAGCCGCGCUCGCUUGACGAGAUCUGAGGGGCUCAGGUGUAAGCGCUCCUCUCAUCCCAGCAGUAGGAAACGGCAGACGGAUAAGUGCGACUGA